AUGCGCAGUUCUUACACGUGUCUCACUAAGAAGAACUUGGCAAUGGAGGCUCAGAGGAAGAGCAAGCGUAAAAGGCAGCCUACAAGAGAUCUUGGACGCGUGGAGAAAGCCAUGGCAGAAUUGCCAUCAGAUUCGAGUCAGCUGGAAAGAUCUGAACAGCACAGUAGCCAAACUGCGGCAGAGGAAGCAGCUGUAGUGUGCUGCAGUGAUGGGUCUGACUUGGAGUCAGACACAGUACACCAGCCUACUAAAAGAGUAGCAGCUCAAGGUUCUUCAGUAGCUCCAACAGCUAUUUCAUCUUUGAAGCGCAGCAAACAAGAAAACGUUGUCUGGAAGCUAAAGCUGGAGAAUGCAAAAGAAAAAAUUAAGUCCUUGGAGAAUGAAAGGGACUUCUUAAGGAACCAACUGUCUGAGGCUUUGGCGCUUGCAAAUAAAGAGGACCAAGUCACGGCAGCGCCCUCCUUGCACGAAAAGAGUAUUUCUUCCUCCUCCACCUCCUCCUCAUCCUCCUCCGACAGUUCCUCCUCUUCCUCAUCAUCUUCAGAAAGAGGGAAGAAGAAGAAGAACAAGAACAAGAAGAAGAACAAGAGUAACAACAGCAACAACAAAAAAGACAGCAAGAAAAAAAAAGGGAAGAAAGGAAACAAAAAGAACACCAAGAUAGGAAAGAGAGUCCUCACCCCAGAAGAGUCCAUGGAUCGCUACAGGCGCGUCUUUGUAGCAGUGAAAAAGGGCAUGACAAAAACUGAGGCAUACGUCAAAGUCGGGGUUGACCGAAAAACGGUAGCAGCAACGGCCGCCAUUUCGGAGCUACACGCUGUUGACAAGGACCUGUAUGACCAGCUGAGGGCAUCAAUGCCCAAGGGAGAGACGCUUUAUCUUUUUUCGGCAAAAUGUAACCUAGAAAUUCUUGGCAGGAACCUUCAGGAUAAGGUAAAUGAAAAAAAAUGCAACGGGGAACUUUUGCAAAUUGGACACCGGGCAUAGUAAAGAAGAGAGCAGGUUUUUGUUUUGUUUUUAGGGUGCCUUUUUUUUUGUCCAUUUUAAAAUGCCCUUUUUUUGGGUUGAUUUGUUCAGUGACAUCGAGAAAUGCCUUUAAAAGUGCAGCCUUUGUUUUUGUUCCAUUUUAAAAUUACUUUUUUUGUUUCUGUUUGUGUUUUAAAUUGUUAAUAUUUUCUGUAUUACCCCGUUAUGAUGUUAUUAUUAUGUUAUAAAUGUUUAACUUAAGUGGCUGUAGAUCCCUCAUUGUCAUCAACAGUGGUUUGGCGUUUUAUAACUAACCCUAAAGUGCUUCACUACUGGUAAACGAAUGAUUAAAAAAGCUUCUCUACUGGUAAACGAAUGGUUGAAAAAGCUUAACUACUGGUGAACGAAUGGUUCGCGAAAGAGUAACAACUCAGUAUGAUGCAUUACUUUACAUGAAGGUACACAAAAAGCUUCACUACUGGUAAACGAAUGGUUGAAAAAGCUUCGCUACUGGUAAACGAAUGAUUCCAAAAGCUUAACUACUGGUGAACGAAUGGUUCGCGAAAGAGUAACAACUCAGUAUGAUGCAUUACUUUACAUGAAGGUACACAAAAAGCUUCACUACUGGUAAA